GUGUGCGUCGCUGCAACGUUCCCCCGCGGAUUGUUGUUUUCUCCGCUACGACUAGGCCUCACUCCAUUUCUGACCCGCGUUCGCCGGGAUGCGGCUCCUGAGGGGAGGGCUGGGCUUCUUGCUGAGGCCGGGAGUCCACCGAGGGCCCGAGAGGCCGCUUUACCAGCAAGGCCAGAGCCCCUCGCCCCGGACCCGAGAGUACUUCUACUACGUGGACCACCAGGGACAGCUGUUCCUGGAUGAUGCCAAAGUCAAGAAUUUCAUCACGUGCUUCAAAGACAAGCAGUUCCUGGUGUUCUUCUUCAAGCAGCUCCAGGUCAACCGCAGUGGGCGCUACGAAGAUGCCUUCCCCUUCCUCUCACCUUGCGGCCGGGAGCACAACUACAUCCGCUGCGACGACGUCCCCGUCGUCUUCACUCAUCUCUUCCAAGGAGCGUCCGGUGAGGAGCGGCUGUCCUACUGCGGUGGAGCGGAGAAGCUGGCGGUGCCCUUCCAGCCCGAGAAGCUGGUGAUGCUGCCUGAGAACGGGCGCCUCUACCACCCGGGUCCGGAAAAGGCCGGCGGAAUUGGGCUGGUGAAGUCGGCCCUGGCCUUUGAGCUGAGCCCUUCCUUCGAGUACGAACAGGGGCCCGGGAAGGCGCCCACCCACUUUCUCUGGAAGGACAGGCGCCACCUCCUCACCAAUGAACUGCUGCCCAAAAUUAGGGGCAAAGAGAAAGAGGGAGGCUGAGAGAGCUUGGAACAGGAUAAGAGACAAAUUUGGGGCUGUAACUGUGCCUGGAUAAAUACAGGAGUCCCAGUUACCUUCCUCCAUGGCAAUUGGAGACCGGGCCACACAUGUGCCAAUAUCUCAUGUGCCUUCCCCUUCUGCCAAUCCAAGGAAGGCCCUGCGAAGUUUCCAUUCAGCACCAGACACUUUCCUGAGAAUAAUCACAAUGAAAGGUACUUGGAAUAAAAUGAUUCUGCCUCUUG